AUGGCAAAAUCCGUGGAAGAGCAGAUUGAAUACAAGGUGACAGUGGAAAAUAUAGGCCAAGGCCUCAGAGGCGAUGCUCUUUAUCAGGCAUAUGCCUCAAAAGGUCCAGAAUGGCAUCAGAAAAUGACUCGCACUUUGUUGCUGAAAGUGGACUUGCAUCUACUCCCGUUCUUGGACUUGCAUCUACUCCCGUUCUUGGUGCUCAUGUAUCUCCUCAAUUUCCUGGAUCGCAAUAACCUAUCCCAGGCACGUCUUGUAUCUCUUGAGAAGGAUCUUGACAUGAAAGGGACAGACUUUAAUCCGGCCACGAGUAUACUCUUCGUCGGAUAUUUACUUAUGCAGCUCCCCUCUAAUAUUCUCCUUACUCGCAUUCGACCCUCACGGCUUCUUGGUAUCGCUAUGGCUAUCUGGGGCAUCAUCUCUGCGUGUCAGGCGGCCACACAGUCAUUUACCGGUCUUAUCAUUUCACGUUUCUUUAUCGGCUUUGUGGAAGCACCCUUCUUUCCGGGCGCAGUUAUGCUGAUGUCAAGUUGGUAUACCAGACAAGAAUUGAGCCACCGCAUUGCUUGGUUCUAUGCCGGCAGCUCGCUGGCUAAUGCCUUCGGUGGGCUUAUUGGAGCUGGAGUCCUUGGCAAUCUGGAUGGCACACAUGGAGUUGCGGGCUGGCGGUGGCUCUUCAUAAUUGAAGGAUGUAUCACGGUGGGAGUGUCUAUUUUAGCAGCUAUCUUCCUACCAAACUACCCGGCCACAACUUCCUGGCUAAAAGAUGAGGAACAAGCCUAUGCCCAAUGGCGUCUUAUGAAUGACACAGGCGAAGCUGACAAUGCCAGCUCGAGCAGCAUCAGGGAAGCACCGGCCAUGGUUUUUGCCGACCGCCGCAUCUAUCUCUUCAUCCUGCUCCAGCACGUCUCGCUUCUUUCUCAGAAUUUCCAAUACUUCUUUCCGACUAUUGUUCAAACGCUGGGAUAUGGUAGCAUUGAGACACUUUUGAUUACUGCACCCGUCUGGAUUACCACUUUCCUCGUCUCCCUCUUCGUGACUUGGACAUCGGGCAAAACGAACGAUCGCAGUCUACACAUCAUUUGUCUGAUGCUUGUCAGUGUCGUGGGUUGUGUUAUUGCGACUGUUACGACCAAUACCGGCGCCAAAUUCUUCGCCAUGUUUCUGAUGCCAAUGGGUGCUGUUUCCGCCUACCAGAUCAUACUUGCCUGGCUGGCCAACUCUUUCCCCCGGCCAUUGGUCAAACGGUCUGCUGCUAUUGCCAUUGCUAACAUGUUUGGCAAUACUGCGUCAAUCUAUGGCAGCUAUAUGUGGCCAUCCUCCUCAGGCCCUCGAUACAUUCCUGGUGGCAGUGCAACCGCCGUGAUUGCUCUUCUUGUCGCGCUGCUAGCCCUUAUCAUUCGCAUUGUCCACACGAAAAUGAACAAGCGACUCGAUGAAGCUGAAUCUUCUCUCGAUAUUCCUACGGGCUCGAAUAUGCUGGAAAUUCGAGCAACUGGGUUCCGUUACAUCCUUUGA